UGGAUUCUCAGCUUGAGGUUCCCUUUCUCAAGUGAACACCAAGCUGGGUCGUCUUCUUUCUUCUUUUUUUCUCUUCCAUUAAUUAUGCAGGCUUUCAGUCCUUAUUCUCCGGUGCCGGCUUUCCGUACCUUCCACCACCGACGUUCCUUUCCCCGCCUUCUGCCGGUCCACUUCUUCACCGUCCAAUGUGUCCAUGGACCUGAAUCUUUCAGUGCUCAGAAUGGCGUUGGUCUCUCCCGAGCUGAUUGGCAAAGCUCCUGCGCCAUCCUCGCUAGCAACGUUGUUUCUCAGCAACAAUCUGGAGAUUUAUCUGCUGGAGGAGGCGGUGCCGGCCAUGUUGCAUCGGUCAAUGGCCACAAGACGAAUGUUGAGAAUCUUAAUCUGGUUCGGAUUGGGAAAAUUUCAGAUGCUUAUAAUAUAACCAAGUUGCAACCUAAGCCGCUCACGAUUACUGACUUCUCUCCGGCUCCGAUGCACGGCGAGAAGCUCCGUGUGGCGUACCAAGGCGUUCCGGGAGCCUAUUCUGAAGCUGCUGCCGGAAAGGCGUAUCCUAAUUGCGAUGCCAUUCCCUGCGAUCAAUUCGAGGUGGCUUUUCAAGCGGUGGAGCUAUGGAUCGCCGAUCGAGCGGUUUUACCGGUUGAAAACUCUCUCGGCGGUUCGAUCCAUAGGAAUUAUGAUCUCCUGCUCCGCCAUCGGCUUCACAUAGUCGGCGAGGUUCAAUUACCGGUUCACCACUGCCUUCUCGCCCUUCCAGGAGUCCGAAAAGAGUACUUGAAUCGAGUGAUUUCGCAUCCCCAAGCCCUAGCGCAGUGCGAACUCACUUUGACGAAGUUAGGGCUCAAUGUCACUCGUGAGGCUGUCGACGAUACCGCCGGCGCGGCGGAGUACAUUGCGGCGAACAACCUCCUCGAUACAGCGGCGAUAGCGAGCGCACGCGCCGCCGAACUGUACGGCCUCCAGGUCAUAGCAGACGGGAUUCAGGACGAUUCGAAUAACGUGACCCGAUUUGUUAUGUUAGCCCGAGAUCCGAUUAUUCCCCGUACAGAUCGACCGUUCAAAACCAGCAUCGUGUUCGCUCACGAUAAAGGAACAUCCGCGCUAUUCAAGGUACUCUCCGCUUUCGCCUUCCGCAACAUCAGCUUGACGAAGAUCGAAUCCAGGCCGCACAGAAAUUGCCCUAUUCGCCUGGUCGACGACGCCAACGUCGGAACAGCGAAGCACUUCGAGUACAUGUUCUACGUCGAUUUCGAAGCCUCCAUGGCCGAAACUAGGGCACAAAACGCUCUAGCAGAAGUCCAGGAGUUCACAUCCUUCCUCCGAGUCUUGGGAAGCUAUCCAAUGGACAUGACUCCUUGGUCCCCUUCCGGCAGAGACUAGCACAAUCACACAUCGGCGAUCGAGAUUUUCCAUUGAAGAACGUCUGGUGAGGAAAAAAAUUCCCAAAAUCACCCUUCUAUUUUCUGUUCCUUUUCCAUAUUUUCGUUUCACUGUGAGCCGUCGUAGAGGUGGUAAAAAAGUCACGGCGGCAGCGAUUGGUAGCGCAAGGCGGCGACGGCGGGUCACGAGAGGUUGGUAAAUGUAAAAAAAAUAUAUAAUAUAUUCAAUGUAUGUAUGUAUGUAUGUCAUGUGGCUGGAAUGAUUAAACGACGUUCAUGGCAGCGUUUCAUCCGUACGGUUGUAAGGUUCCCAAAUUCUGGAUCAUGUUAUUUUGUGGCUUGUUAUUA